GUCUCCCAGCGUUUUUGCUGGAGUUUUCAUGCCGCUCUCGCGAAGUCUUCAGAUCUUUGUCAUAUUUUGCAUUUUUCCACGGAGCUCCCCGCAUAGGGUGGGAUGGCGAAGAGAUUUGCGAAUGGAUAUGCUAUGUAGAGACAGUGUGUGUGUAUGUGUGUGUGUGUGUGUACGACCAAAGCGUAGAGUUAGUGACAGCGGGAAACUUUUAACAUGUCAACUUCUAUAAAAUUCAUUGUUUGUAGCCUCUUUUUGUCAGCCUCAGACCGUCUCGCGGUGUCCCAACUGCUUUAGCAUUAGCAGGCAAAAUGGACUGCCGAGAAGAGGAGGAAGAAGAGGAGGAAGGACAGGGCGACCUGCUGGGAAGACAGUUCCCUCAGACAGAUCCCACUACGGUUACGGUCCCAGAAUAGUGUGUGGGCUCGUGGCAGGGCCCGAUCAGAGCCGGCACCAUUGCGUCAAACGAGUGGAGUGCGAACGGGAGCCCUCAGCAGGGGCUGGAAGAUGGCGGCGAUGAGCUCGAUAAGACAAUGGACAGUGAUGCGGAGGGUGUAUGGAGCCCCGAUAUUGAGCAGAGUUUCCAGGAGGCACUCGCCAUCUACCCACCCUGUGGCCGCCGCAAGAUCAUCCUCUCAGAUGAGGGAAAGAUGUAUGGCCGUAAUGAACUCAUUGCCAGGUACAUUAAGCUGAGGACAGGAAAAACCCGCACAAGGAAACAGGUCUCUAGUCACAUACAGGUGUUAGCACGGAAGAAAGUCCGCGAGUUCCAAGCGGGUAUAAAGGUUUCUAGCCAUUUGCAGGUUCUUGCCCGGAGAAAAUCUCGCGAAAUACAGUCAAAGCUGAAGGCCAUGAACUUGGAUCAAGCAUCCAAAGACAAGGCUCUUCAGAAUAUGGCGUCGCUGUCCUCGGCCCAGAUAGUGUCUCCAAAUCUGAUCAAGAGCCAGCUUCCUCCACUGCCACAGCCGCCCUAUGCACCUCCCCCUCGGUUUUGGCCGACUCCAAUCCCAGGACAACCUGGACCCUCUCAGGACAUCAAGCCUUUUGCACAUACCUACACAAACCUAUCCGGACCUGUUCCACCUCCCAUAUCAGCGUAUGAGCCUUUGGCACCCCCUCUGCCCCCAGCGGCCACCGCCGUGCCUGUGUGGCAGGACCGCACCAUCGCCUCUUCCAAGCUACGCAUGCUUGAGUAUUCCGCCUUCAUGGAGGUUCCCAGAGACCAGGACACUUACAGCAAACAUUUGUUUGUGCACAUCGGUCAGACCAACCCGUCAUACAGCGAUCCCCUGCUAGAGGCAGUGGACAUACGGCAGAUCUACGACAAAUUCCCAGAGAAGAAGGGAGGGCUGAAAGAGCUGUAUGAAAAGGGCCCACAAAAUGCUUUUUUCCUGGUCAAAUUCUGGGCGGAUCUGAAUAGCAAUGAUAUGCAGGAUGGGCCUGGAUCUUUCUAUGGCGUCAGCAGCCAGUACUGCAGCACUGAGAAUAUGACCAUCACCGUCUCCACAAAAGUCUGCUCGUUUGGCAAGCAGGUGGUAGAGAAAGUAGAGACGGAGUAUGCAAGAGUGGAAGGAGGAAAGUGUGUGUACAGGAUCCACCGCUCGCCCAUGUGCGAAUACAUGAUCAACUUCAUCCACAAGCUCAAGCAUCUGCCUGAGAAGUACAUGAUGAACAGCGUCUUGGAGAACUUCACCAUUUUACAGGUGGUGACUAACAGGGAAACACAGGAAACUCUGCUUUGCAUAGCAUUUGUAUUCGAAGUGUCGACGAGCGAACACGGGGCACAGUACCACGUCUACCGUCUCAUUAAAGACUAGCCACUCUGCCAGAACGGGUUUUGCCAAUGGACAUUCUGUCUUGUUGUCCAGACGUCAGAGCAAUACACCAGCAUGUAGCCAAGGACGGAGGAAUUUUUCGUUUUCCGUACUGAUCUGAGUAAAAGUGGAUGGAGGCUCAAAUAGAGGGCCACGCACAAAUGAAAAUUAGAAAUGUACUAUUGCUCUGUUAAAGGACAGUGUUUUUUUUAUACAUAUUUAAAUGCCUUAAAAACAAAGUGGGUCUCACAGGUUUUACUGCAUACAAAUUCUAAAUGGUAUUUUUUUUGCUCUUUCUGUUUUACUGAGGGACUAUGAAUGUUGAAUAUGUUGGCAGGAAGGUGAGGUUUUAGCAUUGGAAGACAAUGUGUGUCCUUAGGUGCACAGUGCAUAUUAGAAGUAAGGAAGUAAGGGCUAACAAAAUACAUUUUUUCAAUAGGACAGGUCUGAUGAAAAGUUACUGCUACUGUUUCUCCUACAUGGGAACAAUAUUGAGCAAUAAAUUGAACUCUGACCUUAAGCAGCAAGAGCUAAGGCCAUUUUGUACUGUUUUACGUAAAGGACAAACAGUUUGAUAUGGUGCGCAAGGUUCAUAGGCAACACAUUUUUUCCCGCCCAUGUAGAGAGUGAGAAACACUGCGACGCAUUUAUAUUGACCUGUCCUUUGUCUAACAAGGAGGUGUCAGAAACAAGAAGGUUUACACGCCCACUAUACAAGUCAGUGAAAAUUGCAAGUGCCUCUGUCCAAAGAACUCAGUGUGGGUGACAUUCUGAAGUGCCUUUUGACUACCUCUUGACAUAAAUCGAUACAAAUAUUUGCUAGUGUUUUGAUACUAGAGCAUGAUAAGCAUUUAAGCCUUUUAAUCAAAUAUCACUUCAGUUAUUUGUUCAGUUUGUUUAUUUGCUACUUGUGACAAGUACAGUGAAGCAUGAGUAAGCAUUCGAAUGGCCUUGUUACAAAUGGAUAACAGCACAUUGUUCUAAAGAGAGGUUAACUAAGCGGACGGGUUCACUGUCUGCAUGUAAAUGUGUUUUGCAUUAAAUUAUCGUCUAACACAAAGAAGAUGGCUUAAUUAUGGCUGCCUAUGAGUAAUUUUGUGAUGGUAGUGGUACUAGACCCCUGAUUCAAAUGUUUUUUUGUUUUGUUCUCUGGUGCUUUUGCAUCAUUAUAGGAGAUUCAGCAUUAUAAAACUGUAAGAUUGACUUUUCCCACAUAAGCCCUUGUGCCAUACUCAUAAAUUGAAUUCGUCUUUUCAGUUAAUGGAGAAUACUGGAGUUAAUGGAGUAAAUACAAAAAUACGUUUAGCAGUUAAUCAGAAAUUAUUUUUUAAAUUAAAAAGUGACAAGUGGUGUCAUCCUUGCCAUGUCAUUCCCCUUAGUCUACUUGGUGGUAAAAGCUGUCCAAACUUUGUUCUUUGAAUAGUAGGUACUAUAUUAUCUGCUCCUUAUAAAAGAUUAAUUAAGUCUGAAAAGUAUCAUACUGUGUUUAAACUGAACUUAUACAAAAUGUUCACUAUUUGUCUUCCAGCAUAACAUACGGCUUUCACUGCAACAGAAGAGGGGCAAAACAAUCAAAUAUACAGUUGCAGGGCUUUCUUGUGCUGACAGUAUUUGUUAAAUCAUUUAAUUCCUUGUGAAGGGUUUUGCAUAAGCUUUAAUUGAAUUUACUGAAGAUUGAAUUAAUGAUUUAGAAAAGAAAUUUGUCCAGAAAUCCAUUCAUCAAUAUUAUUCAUGUUAAACGGUACUUCGUGGUAAACGGACAGUGACAGGCUUAAGUUGUCUUAAGCUAUCAUUGGAUUGGUACAACCUUAGCAUAUAAAUGGUGGUGUCUGUGAACUUCCUCAGUUGUACUUUUUUUUUUUACAGGCUCCUGUUUUUUUUAAUUAUUAUUAUUAAUUAUUAAUUUUAUGUUUGCUCUUUGACUUUCAGUUAAUGCUGUUUGCAUCAAUUGAAAAUUGUGUGUUACUGUUGAGAUUUUAUAUAAUAAUCUAAAUGGUGUUGGAGUUUUCUUUUCCCCCUCAGUACCCAGUAACGGUUCACUGUGACCUUGGUUACCAAUUGUGCAUUGAAGUCAUUUAUGUUAUAUACAAUGUGAGGGUUUUGUACAAUAUUAUCUAAACAACAAUACCAAUACAACAAUACCAAUAAAAAUGUCUUGGCUCCCCUUGGGA